AUAUACUGUGAUACUAGUCGAUAGAGAACAAGCCAUCAUGAAAGAGAGAUAGGGCGUGUUUUGUAGUGAUACAACACAAGACAUUGCUGCUACGCAUAACAAAAAGUAGCGAACGGCUUUUCUUCAUCUUUUUCUGAUGCUGCUUUGAAAGUCAAACGAGCAAUCAUGAACGACGAUUGUUUCGACCGAGCCCCCGGAGCAGGGAGAACCCGAAAUUUUCCCGCGGACCCCGGGCUCGCGAGUAGUACCGGGGUUGGUGACAACAGAACCACGCUUUUCAACCAAAGGGAACCGUUGAGACAGCCGCGAACAUCCCCGCCUUUUUCCGACAACAACAUUGGCGCGGCCGACGCCAUGGUUGGAGGAGAUUUGAAAAGACAGAGCAAACCCCAACAAAGUGCAAAUGCCAACAGCACGUCUGCCUCCAGAGGUUUUAAUGAAGUGGAUUCACUGGUCAAGUCAUCAAAGCUGUCAGCGAGUGCCCCAGAGUUUGUUCCCUCUGGAAUCAACCCUUAUGAAGAUCCCUCUUUUUAUGAUGACAGCGAAGGCUAUUACGAUGAAGCAACCUUGGCCGAAACGGUCACAGACUUCCUCGGCCAUCUGAGUUCCUCACCAGGGUCCUUUGAGUCGGACGUUGAACAAAUAACUGGCAUGCUCAAUUCUUGGGUUACUACUGAAGAGUUGUUGAAUGAGCUUGUGGAAUUGAUUUACACACAGUCUACUGCCAUUCCAAACUUCUCCUACACGGGUGCCAGGCUCUGUAACUACCUGUCCCAUCAUCUCAUCGUCAGCCCACCAAGUGGCAACUUUCGUCAGCUGCUCCUGAAAAGAUGUCGAACAGAGUUUGAACAGAGGGACGUAGCUGUUCGAGGAGACCUGGAGACUCAGAAGAAAUUCCACUCCUAUGUGCUGUUUCUGGGAGAGCUUUAUCUUAGCCUGGAGAUAAAGAGUGCAAAAGGACCUCCAAAUCGUGCAGCGAUCCUUCUCGUCGCUCUGAAAGACCUGAUGAUCAGUCUGUUCUCUAAGCCUGUGGACGCAAAUCUCAUCUGCGCUGUCAAACUGCUUAAGCUAACCGGCUCGGUCCUGGAUGACGCAUGGAAAGCGAGUGGAAAUCGACACAUGGAUGAACUGAUCCAAAGAAUAGAAACUAUUCUGCUGGAUGCCACCUGCAGCAGGGAUGUCAGACAGAUGCUUCUGAAACUGGUGGAGUUGAGAUCUAGUGACUGGGGCCGAGUCCGAGCUGCUGCAGCAGCCAGCAACGCCACACCAGACAACGACCCUAACUACUUCAUGAAUGAACCUACAUUCUACACAGAAGAUGGUACUCCUUUUACAGCAGCAGACCCUGAAUAUGCAGAGAAGUACCAAGAGAUCCUAGACAGGCAGGAAUAUUUUGAUGAUCUUGAUGGAGACAUAGAAAAUGAAAUAUUAUACGACUCUGAAGAUGAGAUGGAGCCUGAGAUAGAAGAAGCUUUUGAGACUUUUUGUUUAGAAGCAGAGAUGAAACGAAAAAAAUGACGUGACGGUGAGAAUCUGUGAAACCCAAAAGGCACAUACUUUACUUCUACCACUCAACUUGCUGGAAUGUUGAAGAGUAAAGGAAACUUGCAUCAGAUAGGUUCAAACUUUUAUUGUAUUGCAAACAAGCAUUUUAACAAACAGAGCGGUUCAUAGUUGCACUUCUGACACUUUUUUUCAGUCAGUGUUGAUUAGAACAUGUGGACAAUCAGCUGGGUUAAUUGUUCGAAUUAUUAAAAUAUUAAGUUUUCUUUUUUGGAUAUGAAAGUU